AUGUUUAACAUUCAAAAAUCAAAUACAUUGACAAUAAAAGAUAUUUUGAUUGGCAGUGCCACCCCAGUUGUUUAUACAAAAUCAAGCAGCAAGCCCAUAACCCGGCCUUCAACCAGUGUAAGGUCAAGACCUCAAUCAAGAUUUUCCGAUAGCUCCAAAAAUAACACCACAACUUUUAUCACAAAUACAAUGAAAUCUUUGAUUAAUAAGCCUUCUCAACGACAUAAAAAAAAUUUAACGACUUCAAAUCAUUAUUUUAGAGAUAUCCAAACCGGCAAAAAAUGAUUUGAAAGACUUGAUAUGCCUGAAGUCCCUAUGCUAUUUUCACAUCCUAAAAAAUCACGUAUUAUCAAAAUUUAUGAAAAAUCCAAAACUGCGAAUUUGUCAGGAAAAUUAAAAAUUUUUGAGCAAGAAAACUCAGAAGAAAGAGGGAUUUUUAAUACUCAAGGGAUGAAAAUUAUGAAAAGAAAAAUUCAAAAAGCUAAAGAAAUUCAAUUAAAGGUCAAUUUUGAUGGUAAAGAAAGAGCUUUUGAAAAGUUUGAUACAUCAUUAUUGAAAAUUAAAGAAAUAGAAAAUAAACAAAAGGAAAAUAAUUCUGAAGAAAAAAUCAUUAAAUUAAAGCCAAUUUCAGAUAAUCCGGUUAGAAAUCAUCGUAUUUUGAGACCUCAGAUAUUAGUAGAAAAAAAUUCAAAUCUUAAUGAUAGUCCUUCAAAAGAUACAGAAAGUCCAUCCCCAACGUAUGUGCCAAGAUAUUCAUAG